AUGACUACUACAUUAUAUACAGCUAAAGAUUUUAUACUUUUAUCCUUACCAUUGAACUCCAAACCUGCUCAUUUGGCCAAUGAUGAUAGACUGAUUUCUGCUCAGUUAGAUACCGAUACAUGGUUAAAAGAGUCCCUAAUUCAAGGUAAAGCAUAUGUGACAAAUUUUGAAAUUCCAGAAUUCAAGAUAGGUUCAUUAGAUAGUCUUUUGGUUGAAUCUGAAGAAUUGAGUAAGAUUGAUGGGCAGAUCCAUACUUCCAUAAAUAAAAUUAUCGACAUUCUUUCCCAAUUCAAUGAAGCCGGUACUAACGAUUAUACCACUAUUCCAAUAAAUAACAUGCCAAUCCCAGAAUACUUGGAAAAUUUCCAAUGGCAGUCACGUAAAUUCAAAUUAGAUAAAAGCAUAAAGGAAUUGAUUCAGAUCAUAUCAAAUGAAUCAAGCCAAUUAGAUUUAGAUGUUAGAUCUACGUUUGCCGAUUAUAAUACUGCCAAGUCAAAUUUGACUGCAGCUGAAAGGAAACAAACAGGUGAUCUUUCUGUUAGAUCUUUACACGAUAUCGUUAAACCCAAGGAUUUUAUCUUAAAUUCAGAACACUUGACUACUUUAUUGAUAGCAGUUCCAAAAAGUUUACAGAAAAGUUUCGAAUCAUCUUAUGAAAGGUUGUCCGCAAACGUAGUUCCUGGUUCUGCAUCAAUUUUAUCAAGAGACUCUGAAUUUUUAUUAUAUAAUGUUCAUCUUUUCAAGAAAAAUGUUCCCGAUUUCAUAACUAAUUGUAGAGAGAAAAAAUUCAUACCAAGAGAUUUUAACUAUUCUGAAGAAUUAAUUGAACAGUUAAAACAAGAACAUGAUUCAGCUGCAAGUUUGGAGCAAUCUUUAAGGAUCCAAUUGAUCAGAUUAGCAAAGACAGCUUAUGUUGACAUUUUCAUCAAUUGGUUCCAUAUUAAAGCAUUAAGAGUAUUUGUUGAAUCUGUUUUACGUUAUGGUUUACCACCACAUUUUAACAGUAAAAUAAUUGCAGUGCCACCAAAAUUUUUAUCAAAGUGCAAGUCUGAAUUAUUAGACUCCUUUGGUUAUUUAGGUGGGAAUGCCUUUGUUAAAGAUAAGAAAGGAAAAAUUGAUAAAGGGGAUACCUCCUUACAUCAAUAUGCAUCUCUAGUUGACACAGAAUAUGAACCGUUUGUUAUCUAUACUAUCACUUUAUAA